AUGAUGCUGAAGCCUAACGUGAUAGAAGCCAUUGUCGAUCUGCAAAACAAGGAAAUAAUGAAACGGGUGGGGGCCAAACAUAUAUGCCAAGGUCUAUUGUUCGGUACACAUUGUUUCAUGCCAAAACUUGUCCAUGUUGAAACACAUAUGAGGACUCACUGUAUUGGCGAUGCCAAUUUUCAUCCGGAGAGAUGGCUUCAAGUCCAUACGGAUGAUAAUGGCAGCGAUCAUACAAUCGGAGGAGCGAAAAUACUGAAACGCACCAGCACAAUAAGAUGGGCAAUGUACUUCAUACGCGAUCAGAAGCGCACGCUGGCGUUACAGAACAGACAACUUUCCCCAUAUCUGCUGCGUACAGGUCCACGGUUCAAGGGUAACGUAUUGGUUGUAAAGGUACACAACCUUACAGGCGGCGAAGAUAUUCAGGUUGUAGAGAUUGAAUGGCUACAAAAGAUCAUGAUAACGGCAUUGGCUAAGGAGAUGAAUGCAAGAAUGUGA